AUGACGUUUAGAGCACUAAAGUUCAUCGGACCAUUUGUUUUGAUGAUUUACACAAUACUGUCGCGUGAUCUGAGUCGUUUCAUACUUAUUUAUUCGAUAUUUCUCAUCGGAUUUUCGCAGUCUUUUUAUGUAAUUUUCAACGCUUGUGCACGAGCUCAUAGUAAAAAGACUGGAAAUGUAAAUAUUCUGGACACUCCUUUUGAAGCUAUCAUGCGAUUAUUUAUCAUGACAAUCGGAGAAUUUACAAUUUUCUACAGAUCGCUCAACGCGUGCGAGGAGAAACUUAUGCAAGUGAUUGGCAAAUUUUUGUUUAUCAUAUUUGAAUUAUUCGUCAGCAUCAUGCAGUUCAAUCUUUUGAUUGCUAUGAUGACACGAACCUAUGAUACCAUUUCGAGAACAUCUAUGGAAUGGAAGCGACAGCCAAAAACACGUCUUAUCGCACUUCUAAAAUAUUCUCGUCCAAUUGGAACUGAUAAAACGAAACGCUCAUUUGUCGUCGCCAAAAAAACCACUGUUAGUUGUUAG